UAUUUCAGUCUGAAGUCAGGUUGUUGUUUUUUUCCCAAAAUCAUUUUGCUUCUUAAAAGACACCGUUGUGUUAUUAUUUUGUUUCUUCACUUGAGAUCGAGACGGUUGAGCCGAGAUUUUGAGAUCGAGAGCCAAAAAGCAGCUGCAGCUGCAUGACUAAUUUCAUUUUUAAUGGAAUGCAGGAGUAAGCAGCACAAUGACGACCAGAGAGUGCACUACAGGAGAGCAUGACAAGCUCCUGGAAGAUGAAACCAGGUAUCAUUCUGUGCAGUGGGAGAAUGCUGGUCAUCAGAUCAAGUGCAUGAAGCAAGAAGACUGGGAAAAAAUAGGCUCUCAAGAACACAAGAUCUUCUUUCUUGGGCCUGGUAUCGCUUCACAAUCUGCAAAAGAGCAAGAUAUCAGUAGUUUGAACACUUCACUGCUCACACUCGAAUGUCAGGAACAGGCACGAGAAGGCUCUUCGACUAAGGAGGGUGGUUAUUCUAACACCACCAACCCUGCAGAAGCUCGAUGUGAAGUCUCGGUCGACCGUCCUCCAAGAACCACCAGAACCACUGAAGAACAUGGUGAAGAUCGUCGUGAAGCAACGACUGAACGUACAGAAGAUAUCCAGAAGCCGUUUCCAUGCCCAGAGUGUGAUAAAAGGUUCCUUCGUAAACGUGACCUAAAAUUGCACAUGAAGUACCACACUGGGGAGGAUCUUCACCCGUGUGAGGAGUGUCAGAAGAAGUUUCAUUCCAAAUGUGUCCUCAGGAAGCACAUGAAGACACACACAGGCAAAAAGCCCCAUGUUUGUUCAGUGUGUAGCGCCAGGUUCUUGAGAAAGACUGCCCUGACGAUGCACUUGCGAAGGCAUACGGAUGAGAAACCGUUUCAGUGCCGUCAAUGUCCGAAGACAUUUAUCGUAAACUAUGAGCUUACAAGCCAUGUGAAGCACAUGCAUGGUGGGGUAAAGGAGCACAAGUGCGGUUAUUGUAGUAAGAGGUUCUUUUCAAGAAGUGACCUCAUUAUACAUGAAAGAACACACACCAACGAGAAGCCGUUUCAAUGUUCGGAGUGUGAUAAAAAGUUUCGUGCAAAGGGUUGCCUUACUGUACAUAUGCGAUUGCAUAAAGGAGAGAUGCAGAAAGGAGAGAUGCUUAAAGGAGAGAUGCAUAAAGGAGAGAUGCAGAAAGGAGAGAUGCAGAAAGUAGAGAUGCUUAAAGGAGAGAUGCAGAAAGGAGGGAUGCUUAAAGGAGAGAUGCAGAAAGGAGAGAUGCUUAAAGGAGAAAAACAUCAGUGUCCCGUCUGUAAUAAGACAUUCAGUCAGAAGUGCUUCGUCAGUGUACACAUGAGAAUCCACAAUGGAAAGCCGCAUAGGUUCCCUCACUUCCUCAGGGGGUUACUCACCAAGUCUGAUCUCGCGCAACAGGUUCAAGCUCAAAGUGGCGAAGAAACAUUUCCGUGCACCAAGUUACUCACCAACUCUGAUCUCGCGCAACAGGUUCGAGCGCAAAGUGGCGAAGAAACGUUUUCGUGCACCAAGUUACUCACCAAGUCUGAUCUUGCGCAACAGGUUCAGACGCAAAGUGGCGAAGAAACAUUUUCGUGCAUCAAGUCAGAUCUCGCGCAACAGGUUCGAGCGCAAAGAGGCGAAGAAACAUUUUUGUGCACCAAGUCCGAUCUCGCGCAACAGGUUCGAGCGCAAAGUGGCGAAGAAACGUUUUCGUGCACCAAGUGUCCUAAGAAAUAUUACACAAAAUCAGAGCUCUCGAAACAUUUCCUGUAUCACCAGACGAAAAAACUUCGAUGUGGAAAGUGUGAUGAGGUAUUCACGUCAGAGGCUCGUUUUGCGCAGCACAUGAGGAGUCAUACAGAAAAGUCUAUGUGUGGUACGUGUGAUAAGGUUUUCAUGUCAAAGGGUCGUCUUGCAAAACACAUGAAGUCUCACUUGUGUGCUGUAUGUAAUGGAAGUUUUAAGACGAAGGCCAUCCUGCUGCAACACAAACGAACGCAUACCAGAGAAAAACGGUUUGCGUGUCCGGAGUGUGGCAAGAAAUUUGUAAGGAAGGCAAGGCUGGCUGUUCACAUGAGGACUCACACUGGUGAAAAGAAUUAUAAAUGCUCACAAUGCGACAAAGCAUUUAACAGAGCUGGUAACCUUGAAAGACAUAAGGUUACAGUACAUACCGGUGUCAAGGCUUUUUCUUGUUCCUUGUGUGAUAUCAAGUUCACUGCCAAGUGGAGUUGCGAUGCCCACAUCGUGAGAUUCCACCCAGAAAAAUGUCUGUAUCAGUGUUCUGAAUGCAGUCGGAAAUUCCUCACAAAGGGUUCCCUCGAGGAUCACCAUUUGAGAAUACAUACUGAUAGCGAAGACACCGGGCCACACCAAUGCAAAGAGUGUGAUGACAAAUUUGCUACAAGGGGUAGUCUACGUGAACACGCUUUGAGAAUGCACCCGAAUGUUGAGCGUAACCAUUGCUCUGAUUGUGAUAAAACUUAUUCUUCGAAGUACUCCCUUGUUGCUCAUAGACAGAUGUUUCACUUGGAGGGAAAGUUACCUGAGUGUGGGGAGUGUGGAAAGCGAUUUAAUUCGAAAGCUUCCUUGCGGUACCACCAAAGAGUCCACCGGGGUGAAAAGCCCUUCCAAUGUCCCGAGUGUGAUGCGAGGUUCCAUCUGAAGACCAUCCUCAAUAACCACAUGAAGAUCCACUUGCAUGAGAAACCUCACAAGUGCCCAGACUGCAGCAUGAGCUUCAUCAAUGGGUAUAACCUUGGAAGACAUCGUAAGAAGCACACGGGUGAGAAGUCCUUUCAGUGCUCCAUUUGUGGCAGGAUGCUGGGAACAAAGCAGGCUCUUAAUGAACACAUGAUGACGCACACCGGGGAACGACCGUUCUGUUGCCAACAUUGCGAUAAAGGUUUUGUUUCAAAGACGGAACUUAGGAGGCAUUUAACGAGACAAGCCAGUGCACAGCCUCAUCCAUGUCCCAAAUGUACAGAGAGCUUUCCUUAUAAGUGCAGCCUUAAGAAUCAUGUGAAAAGUGUGCAUUGACGGAAUCUAUUUCAGAUUGGAACCAAGGGGGUGUUUCACAAGGAUCCCAAGUUGGACUUAACAAUUAUGGAAAGCUAUUAGCAUCUUUGAAAAUAUUUUGUAAAAGUUAUUUUAGAAGGCAUUUAAUGUUCAUUCAUACUUUCUAUUGUCGAGGAGAUUUCAUGUUCUUGAUGUGGAAUUUAUGAAAAGUCUAAAAUACUUGAGUUUUUGCUUUUGAAUAUAUUUUAUUCUAAGGCUACGGAUGGCUCUCCAUGAAUUUUAAGUCCAACUUAGAGUUAAGUUCGACUUGGGAUCUUUGUGAAACACCACCAGGGGCUUGUUUCAUGAAGCCGUCAUAAGUACAAGAUCUAUUUCAUCCCAAUGCUUUUGUUCGACUUGUCUGCCGAGUGUUUCACAAAACUGGUUUUGCAACUUCCCGUCAACAGACUUGUUGCAACUCGAAACCUGUCAUAUCUUUUUAGAACGCCAUCCGAUCUCAAGGCAACUUUAAUGCCCAUCUGUACUAAUUUCCAGGAGGGAUUAGACCACUCUGCAAGGUCACUGACAGGUGAUUAUCUCAUCAAAUCAGCUCUCACUUAACAUAAGAAAAAGUGUAUCAUGGGAGACGAAUGGUUACCAAUUAAGCAGCGUUUGCUUUAUAGAGGGCGCAAGUAGCUAUAAGUAGUACAGUGGGGAUUUAAGCUGGUCUAUGGGCAGCAUAGAAAAGGAAAACUGAAAAAUUAUUUUAACAAUUACUUCUUGAUCUUCAAGCUCUCAUUUCGCCGAUCAGGGGACGUUUCACAAAACUUGUCAUCAGUGACAAAUGACAGUUUUUGUUUUAUGCUUCUGAAAUCCUUGCUUCUGAUUGGUCAUCAGCAGAUUUGUCACUGAUUUUUGUCAUUUGUCCUGGAAAAAAGGCUUUGUGAAACGCCCCCAGUUCUUUUGGGUGUUAAUAUAAAAGCAUUAUAUUCUUAUAGUAAUGCCUAGUAAAAAUUAUUUGUAGAAGUAUGUACAUCGGUCUACCAUAGAAAAGUCACCAAAGAUCGAAUAGUCUGUAUUUCCAGACCCAUGGGAUUGACGACAAUUUUUCAUGUAGACAUUUUUCUAGAUAUUUUUCCAUAUUUCAAGCAUGAACUGAAUAAAAUAUCUUGUUAUCAUUACUUUCUUAACUAAAUAUUAAAUCAUGGUCUUCUUUAGAUUAGAAAUGAGUUAUGGUAUCCUCUUACUUGCAAUAUUGUAUUCGCUCGUCGCCAAAGUUACCUCAAGUUUUGCCAUUUUUUUUAUAAAUUCAAUGUUAAAGUAGGAAGGUAGGAUUUAGGAACACAUGUUUUCAUGCAAACUACAGUGUGUAGGUGUUUGUAUCAUUUUGUGCUACCAUUCUUUUACAUUUUUACUUUUUGAAAUAUACUCAGAUUCAUUUGAAUAUACAUGUAUAUAACUCAGGGAUUAUAU